AUGUUUUGUUUUGCUGCAAUUUUAAUUAUGCAUCUCUUUUGGCAUUGGUUGUACACACUGAAAUGAGCUGAAAUUUGCGUUUGCAACCAACUUUGCGCGAGACAAAAACUGCGCACAGCCAACUUCGCGUACAACAAAAAAUGGUAAACAAAACAUUUGUAAACAAUGAAUGACAGCAGUGAAACGGAAUAUGUGCUUGAUGAACAGCUGUUGUCCAAUAUGAAAUGCAGCGAAGAUGACGAACGAAUGGAGGAAGAAGAUAUGGAUCUUAAAGUUUCCAUCAAUGACCCUGAACUGUUUGCUGAUCCGCUGCAGGAAACAAAUUCAGCCUCCGCCAACUUUCCAUGGUUGUUUAAAGAUGAAGAUAUUAUGUUGUUGUGUGAUGAGGUGACGCUUCAACCUGCAAAAAGUCGUGGCAAGCGUGGACGAGCAGCAAGCACAAGUGGCACUUACAUUUCCAGCAAUGGGCAAACCUGGUGUCUGGAGCGUGAAGCACAACCAAACACAGAGGAGCUACCGUUAGCCAAGCAACAAGCGUGUGGCAAAGGACCCGUGAGAUCCGCUACAAAUGCAGUUGAGGCAUGGAUGCUACUGUUUGACGACGAUAUGUUGCGCAUGCUGCAACGCAUUGUCAAUGAGCAGAUACGUAAAAGACGCAACCGAAAUGAUGCUCAACGACUCACAGAUCUCACAGAGCUGCGUUCCUGGUUGGGUCUAAACUAUCUUUGUGGCGUCUUCCGCAAUGCACAGUACAGUGGACCUCUUGAAGAGCUCUGGACACUGGAACUGGGCAAUGCUAUAUUUAGGGCAACCAUGUCGCUGGCACGCUUUGUCUUCAUAACCGAGAUGCUCAGCAAUCAGCCGGAUGAUGGCCAACGACUGUGGCAAAAAUUUCUCAUCAACAGUCGCUCCUACUACGGUGCCAGCGCUUGGCUCUGUGUGGAUGAAGUGCCUGCCUUAGUUGACACCCGCUUGAUGAUCUGCUGCGAUGCCAAGACACAGUACAUGACCAAUGCGUUGCUUGUGCAGCAACCUACCACACCCAGUAAAGAGCUAGUGCAGCUUAUCUGUGAUUACAAGACAACGGGACGUAAUAUUACACUUGGAUCAUAUUAUGCCACAGCGAGACAUUGCGACCUACUGCUGCAGUACAAUUUAAGUAGCAUCUGCAGACUGUCACCAGUUGCUGGUGAAUAUCCAAAAAACUGGACAGAGGGAACGCUGCGAAGCGGCUCCAAGCGAUUGUCACAGCGCUGCGACGUUGCGCUACUUAGCUGUGGCUUGCCCAGACAACUGGAUGCCUUUCAAAUCGAACAGCACACAUCAACGGUGUGCUCGCAGUUCUAUGAACUUGCCACGCGCUAUAGCACAGAGUUUUCGUUGCCCAAGCGCCAGGCGGAGGAACGGCAGCUGCAUCCCUUGCUACAACUGUUGCAUCUGCUGCUCAAUAUUGCUGCUAUGAAUGCUUGGAUCCUGCUGCGUCUGUCGCCAAAGGGCAAUGCGCAUAUCGAACAGCGCGACUUCCAGCGCCAAUUGGGACUCUUUCUCACUCAGCAGCGUUUGCAGCACCGACUGCAUCGUCGCACGACGUCUACAUCGCUGGUAAUGCGACUACAAAUCUGCGAGAUUCUUGGACAAUCCAAUCAGCGCCUGCUGAGCGAAGCAACUGGCGAUGCAACGCAGCGUCAAGGCGUCGGCGUCAUCAGCUUGACCCGUGCCAUGCUGCCCGAGGAUGUCACGUUGGUCAGUCGCCAUGGUGAGAAGCAUCGUCGUUGCAAACCGUGUGCGCGGAACAAGCGUGAAACGAAAGCCCGUACACGUUGCCAGCAAUGUCAAGCGCAUCGUUGUGGCAAUCAUCUUAUCUCUCGCUGCUACGAUUGCAUGGGUUUGCAAGAAUCUCAGCUGCCCGAGAGCAAUAAGAAAGAGCAGUAGUUGAUU